CGUCUCCCAGCGGCGGAGUCCCGCCCCCACCCCACCAGUCCCGAGUUCCCGCCACUCCCCUCCAUUCCCCUCCCAAUCCAAUCCCCAAAUCUCUCUACCUCUCCACCCUCUCUAGCAGCGAGGCGAGGCGGGGAAGAAGAGGGAGCAGCGAGGAUGCUGUGGGUGGACAAGUACCGGCCCAAGACCCUAGACAAGGUCACCGUCCACGACCAGGUCGCGCAGAACCUCAGGAAGCUCGUUUCGGAGCAGGAUUGUCCGCACUUGCUGUUCUAUGGGCCGUCGGGGUCCGGGAAGAAAACCCUAAUCCUGGCGCUUAUCAAGCAGAUGUUCGGCGCCGGCGCGGAGAAGGUUAGGAUGGAGAACAAAACAUGGAAGAUCGAUACCGGAACAAGAACACUUGAGAUAGAGUUGGCGAUGUUGUCGAGUGCUCAUCAUGUGGAAAUGAACCCCAGUGAUGCAGGCUUUCAGGACAGGUAUGUUGUCCAGGAGGUCAUCAAAGAGAUGGCGAAGAAUAGGCCAAUCGAUGCCAAAGGCAAGAGAGCAUUUAAAGUCCUUGUGUUAAAUGAAGUUGACAAACUCUCACGAGAAGCCCAGCAUUCCCUCCGUAGGACUAUGGAGAAGUAUAGCGCAUCAUGCAGACUGAUCCUGUGCUGUAACAGCUCAUCAAAAGUCACAGAGGCUGUAAGAUCCCGUUGCUUAAAUGUGCGAGUGAAUGCUCCUAGUGAAGAUCAGAUUAUCCAAGUUCUAGAGUUUAUUGGGAAGAAAGAAAACCUGCAGCUUCCAGCUGGAUUUGCUGCUCGUAUUGCUGCACAAUCAAACCGCAAUCUGAGACGGGCAAUACUGUUUUUUGAGACUUGCAAAGUGCAACAAUACCCAUUUACAUCAAAUCAAGUCGCACCUCCUCUUGACUGGGAGCAAUAUGUGUCUGAAAUAUCAACUGAUAUUCUGACAGAACAAAGCCCUAAAAGGCUAUAUGCUGUACGCCAGAAAUUCUAUGAAUUACUUGUCAAUUGUAUCCCACCUGAAAGUAUUUUGAAGAAGUUACUGGCGGAAUUACUUAAGAAGUUAGACGCUGAUCUGAAGCACGAAAUCUGUCACUGGGCUGCACACUAUGAGCACAAGAUGCGCCUUGGGUCAAAAGCCAUUUUUCACCUAGAAGCGUUCGUGGCAAAGUUCAUGAGCAUUUACAAGGAGUUCCUGGUGGCUUCAUUUGGUUGAGCAAAAUCCGAAGCGUUAGGUUGUUUCCGACGAAGCCCCAUCGUCUGGGGCCUUGUCGGUGUAGUUUGUUCGUACCAAACUCUGGACGAUUAGCUACAUCCAGUCUGUUUAAACCACCACGAAUGUCAUUCAGGUUCCGUGGUUACAUCUCUUCAGUAUUUACUUGCACGUUGAGGGAUGGCAUCGAAGUCUCAAUUCACUUAGCUGCCACAUGUUACUCAACGCCUGUACACCAUUAUUUGUGCAUGUGCGAUACUCAGAAGCAAAAGCCUGUCAACCGAACCAAAGAUUGAUUAUAUAAAAAGGCACAGACGUACGAGGGUGGCAACAAGCAAGAUGCUAAUUAUAUUA